UCGAAAAUUCAAUCUUGCCGGGACUCGAGCGAGGAAUAGUAGAACCAAGUACACUAGGAAUCUGAGGAGUAGAGAACUGGUUGUUGCUAAUUGCAUUGAAUUAAACUGUGCAAAAAAAUUGGCAAUAUACUGAGAACUGAGAAGGGUUAUUGUCAGACAAUAGUCUAGUGUUCAAUAUUUAAUCGAGUUUGAAUUUGUCAUAGAAUAUUUAAAGUGGAAAAAAUUAUUGCAACUAUACAUCAGCAUUUUAUAUUAAUUUAUUCACUGUAUUCCCAUUCAAUGGAGACAGAAUCUCUAGAAGUCGAAGACGGGGAAGUCGUCGAGGAUGAGUCCAUUGAUGCCUUCGAAACUUAUAAUAUUUUGCAGCGACCUCAUAGCCAUGUUCCUCCUGUACCGGAACAAACUAUAAAACUUAAAUAUAGUGAUGAAUCAGAUGCAUUAGAUGUAUCUGAUGCUUCUGAAAGUGAUUCAGACUCAGAUGCUGGUCACAGACUGACAAAAAGACCCAAAAUUAAGAUAAAACGUAAAACAUUUGGGCAACAAUCUAGAUCUAGUAAUGAUAAAUAUAAAGUUUGGUGUACACAAGUACAAGAAGAAUCAUUAACAGAAGACUUGGUUUCUUGUGGAGUUACAAAAAAUAUAUAUCACAGUCGUAAUGUGGAAAGUUAUGAUUAUACAUUAGGAUAUUCGCAUAAUAACAAAAACAGACAUGGUAAUAAUUCUUCUGAUGAAGAUCAGGAAACAGAAACAAGACUGACAAAUAAACGAACAUUUAAAGAUAGACGUAAUGUUAAAUUAAGGUUGGGUAAAAGGAGGAAAAGUCGUGAAGAAGAAGAUUAUCUAAAAGGAUCAGCUAGAAUAAUUCCUGAUUUAAUUGUCACACUAGAAUCUACUAAUGAAGAAGUAGCAGUGGAUAUUGCACAUAAAUUGUCUGAAAAGAAAGAUGAACUGAUAAAAAGGGUAGUUGAAAUUUUAGGAAAAGAACAAGCAAUUGAUUUUUUUCAAAAAACUAAAAAAAUAGAAGAAGAAGGUGGUAUGUUAAUAAUGAAUGGUUCUAGAAGAAGAACUGCUGGUGGAAUUUACCUUUAUCUUGUUAAAAAUGACGAUGACAUUCCACAGCCUAAAAUUCGAAAUAUUUUUUAUCAAGAUAAAAGGGAAAAUACAGAAAGAAAGAAAGAGACGUCACAUAGAAAACAAAAAACCCAAAAGCUUAUGAAACUUUUAGAAAACGGGUCAGACAAAGAUUUACCAGCUUUACUAACAAGAGCAGAACUUUCAACACAACAAAUUGCAGAAGAAGCACGAUUAAGAAGAGGUGAAGGAAUGGAUAGAAUUCCAAUUGAUUCAGAUCGUACAGUUUCUAAUCCACCUCCAAGUCCUGUCACAGAUGAUCCUGAUCAUUCUGAACCAUCUAAUCUAAUUCAAUCAAGACACAUUCAAGCAUAUGAAGAUGAUUUUCUUGACAUUGGAGUGGAAGUAGAUAUGGAAGUUUUUUAAAUCAUUCUAAUCAUAUUUUUUUUUGUAAUGAAAUUAAAGAUGCGUCAUUAUUUGAAG